GGAAGUCUUUUAGAUUUUGAGGUUAUAAUGAGUGUUUCUUGUAAAUUGUAAUGAUCCAAAAGUAUUGAGUCUGGGGUUGCAUAUUUCUCUUUUUAUAUGUAUUAAGGUACCUCAAACCGUAAUUAAAAGAAAAAACAAGGGCAAUUUUGUGAGGCGACUAUAUAAGCGGCGUCGUGGUCGCCUAGUUCUUCAGAUCGGGGUCUUCGAGUCUUGGUAUUUUCGCUCGCUCCCUCCUUCUGUUCGUAUUCUCUUCUUCGAUUUCAAAACAAGGAAAAGAAAACCCUAGAGUUUAGUUUUGGCGGCAAAAUGUCGGGCAAAGGAGCUAAAGGCUUGAUUACAGGUGGCAAAUCGACCCUCAGCAACAAGGACAAGGACAAGGACAAGAAGAAGCCCGUCUCUCGCUCCUCGCGCGCUGGCCUCCAGUUCCCAGUGGGUCGAGUCCACCGACAGCUGAAGACAAGGGUUGCUGCAAAUGGAAGGGUUGGAGCGACAGCUGCUGUGUAUACAGCUGCUAUACUGGAGUACUUGACUGCAGAAGUGUUGGAGUUGGCUGGUAAUGCUAGCAAGGAUCUGAAAGUUAAACGUAUUACGCCUAGGCAUUUGCAGCUUGCCAUCCGUGGUGACGAAGAACUUGACACUCUCAUUAAAGGAACUAUAGCCGGUGGAGGAGUUAUCCCACACAUUCACAAAUCACUCAUCAACAAAUCCUCUAAGGAGUAGUUUUAACGCCCUCGUCUCUCCUCUUGUUGUUUGUACUGAUCUUUCGAAAAAUGUUUUGACGGUGUUGGAUGUCCAUGCUAGGAGGCUGCUUUCCCAAUUAUGCAUUAGAUAAUAUACUUGAUUUGUUUUCACAACAGUGAAGUAAAAUCUUGAACAUUUGAUCAGUUGACCUUGAUGUCUUUCUAUUUGUAUGAUAUUUGGAAUUAAAUAGAGGAAAAUAGUUUUAUAUA